CGCUACGUCCAUGGUUGACGAGGUCUGAAAAUAUAUUGAAAUAAACUAGAAAAUAAAAACUAAUGUUACUUCCAGGAAUCCAGGGCCCGUUUAGUGUGACCUCAGCCAUGAGAAGGAAUUACCUGGGGGUUAGGCAAUUGAAAACCAUUGACAGUAAGUAUUGAAAUGGAACUAGUGAGCCAUACUACACCAACUGUUCUUCAAUAGGCUCUUUGACUGAGCCUUUCCUCAAACCUCAUCUGCCUCUGUUCAUUAGAGAGUGGGCCAACCCUGUUAUUAUGCAAAUCUCAUGUCAUGAAGGAGCUAAGAAGAGUCUGCAGCCCAAUAAAUACAGCUGGUUGUGAAUACUCAAGGACCUCUCUAAUGUGGAAAUUUCUGGGAAAAAAGAGCAGCUCUUUUAUAUUUCCCCAAAAUAGCUUUUGUACCAAAUUCCAACCAGAAACCCAGAUUUUAAGGGAGCACGUUUUCACAGCUAUGGGCAGAAUCCGCACAGAUUGCAUAGAGAGACUACUACGCAUCUGCUUUGAAAUGAUGGGUCAUUUUAUUGGAUCUCAUCCCUGGUGGUUCGUAAUCAUCCCCCUCAUUCUCUCGGCAAGUCUGGGGAGCGGAUUUGUUCUUCUCGAGGACAGAAUGUCAAACGAUAUUGAAGAGCAGUUCACACCUGGCGACGGACAAGCCAAGCUGGAGAGGAAAUACAUCCAAGAAACUUUUCCAGGAAAUGAUUCCAUGUUUUCACGUUUACGACUGAGCACAGAUGGGAAUUAUGCAACUCUCAUAGCUACAAGUGACAGGAAUAUUCUGACUGUGGAGUCGCUCCAGGACAUCCUAGACUUAGACUUUAAAGUUAGGAAUAUGGCAGUUCAGUUUAACAACCUGUCAUUUGAAUAUGUGGAUGUUUGUGCUGAGGUGAUGGGAUCCUGCACCUCUAAUUACAUUUUAGAUAUUAUUGAAUACAGUGCCAACAAUAUAGACACAAUCAAUUUGACCUUUCCGUGGUAUUACUCUAAUUUUAGGAGUAUUCCUUUGUAUUUAACUCUGGGGAGUGUGAAAUUGUGCGAGGAGAGUUCAGUAGUUGAAAGUGCUAAAGCCAUACAGCUCCAUUACUAUUUAGAUGAGGACAACAAAACAAAGACUGACCUUUGGUUAGAAAGCUUUAUUAAUUUGGUCUCAAAUAUAUCAUCAACUUCUAUUCAGGUAAGCAAAACAUUCCAGUGUUUUAAAUGAUCAUCUUUUUGUUUUUGA